UCCAAGGCCGCCUAGCGACACUGGGUCCCCUUUCGCAUAUUUCUCGCGUCGCGUCUUCAUACAACCAUCUAUCUAUCCCGCAGCCAUCAUUCACUACUUGCCCACGAUACGACUUUACCAAUUAAGUCAAGAUGGGGAAACUCAUUCGCCUCGAGUUAUUCAACUUCAAGUCCUAUAAGGGACAUCAUAUUCUCCUCUUCGGCGAUUCGUACUUCACCUCCAUCAUCGGUCCAAAUGGAUCCGGUAAAUCUAAUUCUAUGGACGCCAUAUCUUUCGUCCUAGGUAUCAAGUCGUCGCAUCUACGUUCGGCCCAUUUAAAAGAUUUGGUAUAUCGCGGUCGAGUACUGAAAACAUCCAAGAUUAACGACGAUGGUUCGGCCGCCGAGCCGACUACAAAUGGACAUACAAACGGGCACGUUAAUGGUGACGACGAUGAUAAACCAAAUCGCAGCGAUCCAAAGAACGCCUGGGUUAUGGCUGUGUACGAGGACGACGCCGGAGAUGAACAGCGAUGGAAGCGCACUAUUACAAGCCAAGGUUCGAGCGAAUAUCGCAUUAACGAUACCGUUGUCUCGGCUCAGGAGUAUAACAGAGCUCUCGAAGAGGAGAAUAUUCUUAUUAAGGCCCGGAAUUUCCUUGUUUUUCAGGGUGACGUCGAGGCCAUCGCGGCCCAGUCUCCUCAGGAUCUAACUCGACUGAUCGAGCAGAUUUCAGGCAGUUUAGAGUACAAAGCCGAUUACGAACGACUUCAAAGCGAAGCGGAUCAAGCCGCUGAAAAUACCAAUUUCCAGCUUCAGAGGCGUCGCGGUAUCAAUUCCGAAAUCAAGCAGUAUCAAGAGCAGAAACGCGAGGCCGAAAACUUUCAAAAGAAAACUGAGGACCGUGAUGCCGCUAUUGUCACUCAUAUCCUAUGGAAACUAUACCACUUUCAGCAGAUUAUGGACGACUCUAGCGCCAAGAUUCAAGACCACCAGGAAAAUCUGAAGGAAUUCCGCCGCAAUGUUGAAGGCUUUGAAAGGGAGCUCGAGGCCGCCCGCAAGGAACAGGCCAAGGCCGCAAAAGCCGUUCAUAAGGCAGAACACGAUAUUAAGAAACAGGAGAAGGCGAUCGAGGAGAAGGAGAAUAGCCUUGUCCCUGUCGAGGAAAAGGUGCAGCAGACAAGUACCCAGGCCGAUACUAUCCAAAAGAGGAUCGAUUCUGUUAGAAAAGAACGCGACGAACAGCGCAAAUUAAUCGCCAAGAUCGAGAAGGACCUAGCUAUUGUCCAAAAGGCUCAAAAACAGUUCGAAGACCAAUGGAAAGAGACAAUGAAGAAGCAAGGGAAAGAACUAAGCGACGCCGACCGGAAGGAGUACAACUCUCUUCGGGCGCAAGCCCUCAACAAAUCCGCGGAUAAUCAGGCCAAAUUGGAAAAUCUAAACCGUCAACUCAAGACCGACGAGGUUACCGUUAAUAGUUUAAAGGGCAAAGUAGAUGGUUAUCAAGCCGCCUUAGAAAAGUUGGAGAAUGAAUUGAUGGCCAUCCAAGAGCGGAAAACUUCGACCGAGGUCACUGUCAAGGAACUCUCAAGCGGGAUAGAAGCCAAGAAGAAGGAAUUCAACCAACUUCACUCAGAAAAGGUUCGCACCAAUCAAAGACAUACAGAACUUGAGGAGAAGCUCCAAGACGUCCUGAGAAAGCUGCUAGAGGCGGACGACGGCAGACGCCAGAAUGAUAAGGAGGCACGAGUCAAAGAAAUGGUUACAUCUUUAAAGCGUAUCUACCCUGGAGUUAAAGGCAGAGUCGGCGAAUUAUGCAAGCCGAAACAGAAAAAGUUCGAUGAGGCGGUCAUUACCGCGCUCGGGCGCGAUUUCGACUCGGUCAUCGUUGACAGCGAAAAAACAGGUGUUGAGUGUGUUCAAUAUCUAAAGGACCAGCGAUUCCCGCCAAUGACCUUCAUCCCGUUAGACAACAUCAAAGUCAACCCGGUGAAUACGGCUGUUAAGGGCAUUUCCGGUGCGCGGUUGACGAUUGAUGCCAUCGAUUUUGACUCUUCUCUCGAGCGAGCCAUGUCUUAUGCCUGCGGCGGCUCUAUCGUAUGUGAUACCCUCGAAAUUGCGAAACAAGUAUGCUACCAGCGAAGAAUUCAAGUCAAGGCGGUAACCUUGGAAGGCUUCGUCAUUCACAAGGCGGGUUUGAUGACUGGUGGAAGGGGUCCGGAAAACAAGGGAAACAAGCGUCGCUUUGAAGAGCACGACGUCCAGAACUUACAAAAAAUGGCGGACAGAUUUCGGGAUGAACUUGAAAAACUACCCAAACCCGAUCGUCGUGGCGUAGCAGAAGAAACAUUACGCAAUGAACUCCAAGGCCUUGAGUCGCGUCUAGCAUUCGCCAACAGCGAGCUCAACGCCUUUAAUCAAAAUAUCGCUAGUAAGAAGAAGGAACUGGAUCACGUUAAGCGCCAACUUAAGGAGUGGCAGCCCAAGUUCGAAGAAGAAGAUAACAAAUUGCAGAAGACGCGAGCAUCAGUUGAAAAGUUCAAGGCUGCAAUCGCCGAGGUAGAAGAUAAGAUCUUCGCCGACUUUUGUAAACGACUUGGAUAUUCUGAUAUCCGAGCCUACGAAGCACAACAAGGUAGUUUAGAGCAAGAAGCUCAUGAGAAACGCACACAGUUUGACCUCCAAAGAGCGAGGUUGGAAAGCAACAAAAGUUGGGAAACCUCGCGGCAUAACGAGACUGAGAGCAGGCUCCGCAACCUGGAAGAUCGUUUGAAGCGACUUUCUAAAGAUAUCGAGUCAUAUCAAUCUGAGAAGGAAGAGAUCGAAGCGGCUUUAGGCGAAGAUCAAGACCAACUUUCAGCUCUUCAGGAACAACUAAGUGAACUCAAGGAUGAACUGGCGACAUGCACCGAGGUAGUGAAUGCAGCUAAGGUGGAAGUACAGAAGAGGAGUAAAGAUAUUGAAAGCAGACAGAAGGCGAUAAGUGCUUUGGAGACAGAGGUGAGGAAGAAUAGUGCCGGAAAAUUCGCUCUAUUACGACGAUGUCGAUUGGAACAAAUCAACAUUCCUCUCGUUUCAGGUUCGCUUGAUCAUCUCCCAACCGAAGACAAUCUUUUGCAUCAAGACACAGAGGCUAUGGAUGUAGAUGAUGGUGAUGAUGAUGACGGCAAUAUGGGCGAUGCCAUGGAUGACUACGGCAUUGAGAUCGACUUCAACCAGUUAGAUGAAGAUCUAAAGAAUCCCGACGACGAAAGCAUAGAAGAGACUCUACAAGAGAAGAUCUCUUCGCUUACCAGCGAACUAGAGAAGCUAAACCCCAACAUGCGAGCAACAGAACGCCUAGAAGUAGUGGAGGCACGGCUCUCAGCUACCGAGAGAGAUUACGAUGAGUCAAAAGCUGCUUUCGUCGCUGCAAAGGAUGCUUUCGACGAGAUCAAAACUAAGCGCUAUGAGCUCUUCAGUAAAGCUUUCACGCACAUACAGGAACAAAUCUCUCAUGUGUACAAAGACCUCACACGUUCGGACCAAUAUCCACUCGGAGGCCAAGCCUACCUAGAUAUUGAAGAGGAUACGGAUAAACCGUAUCUUUCAGGGAUCAAAUACCAUGCUAUGCCGCCGCUAAAGCGAUUCCGAGAUAUGGAGCAUCUGUCCGGUGGCGAAAAAACCAUAGCUGCGCUUGCCUUACUUUUCGCCAUCCACAGUUACCAACCUAGUCCCUUCUUCGUAUUAGAUGAGGUGGACGCUGCGCUUGACAACGCCAACGUAGACAAGAUCAAGAACUACAUCCGAGAGCACGCGGGCCCCGGCAUGCAGUUUAUCGUCAUCAGCCUCAAGACCGGUCUAUUUCAAGACAGUGAGAGUUUGGUGGGCGUGUACAGAGACCAAGAAGUCAACAGCUCGCGUACUCUAACCCUUGAUUUGCGAAAAUACGUAUAAUAUCCAAAAUUCGUUCUGCGGGGAAACG